AUGUUGGAUUAUAAUUCAAAGUAAGAAAGCUAAUAAUUAAUUAAAAAUUUAACUAUCUUCAAAGAUCACUGCUCUAAAAAUUAAAGCAUUUUACAAUACCUUAUUGAAAAAUUUCAAAGUUGGGGUAGCUUGCUAGAAAGAAAUAAGAAUCUACCUGUUGAAUUAGAGUAUCAAAAAAUAGUUUAAACCUCGAAAAAAUACAUUAAUGAUAUUAAAAAUAAUUAUUAAUCUUCACUAUAACGGUUAAAAAACAAAGAAACUGAGAAACAAUAAGAAGUGUAGGUAAGUGAAAAAUAAAAUCAAACUAUAGUAGAAAAAAACAUUCAAAAUUAAUAAGAAAAAUUAGAUGAUAUUAGUUAAAAUAAAAAUGAUUUGUACAAGAUUCAAAAAAAAGCAGUUUUUAGGAUAAAGCCAAAAAAAGAACCUUAAAAACUGUCAAAUUAUGAGAAAAUAAAAAAAUCACUUAAGAAGUUUGUUUAAACUAAUUAUAGGAUCACCCCUUUAUCAAACUAGAGAAAACCUAAAAGAAAACCAGUAAAUAUUGAUUAAGAAGAAGAAUAGUUGCAAGAGAAUAAUUCUUUUAGUGGAUCUAAUGAAUAAAAUAAAGACUUAAAAAACUAAAAUCAAAAAUCCAUAAUUACUCCUUAGGCUAACAAUGAAGCUGAUGCUAAUCAAUCAAACUAGAGUAAAAAGAUUAUAGAUGAAAGAUCUAAUAUUUACGAAAUAGACAACACUCUUUUAACUAAAAAUGAUAUGUCAAUUUAAAAAAUUUCAAAUUUUUAUAUUGAAAAAAGAUUUAGCUUUGAAGAUUAUUUGAAGUAAAUUGUAGAGUUUGAGGACUACUUUGAAGUCAAAGUUCCUGAUUUCUUUAAAGAUAAAGAAAUUCAUCAUUAUAGAAUGAUCAUGAAUAAUUAUCAAAUAGGUCAUCUCAAAAUUGAUGAAGUUCUCGGAAUUAAGAAACUUGUUGAGGUGUCUUAAAAUUAAAGGUUAGUUUCUGCUCUUUUGUUAAUUUCUGCUUCAUUUUUAAGAGAAUUAAUAAAAAGAGCUAAAAGAAUAGAAAAUAACAAAGAAGAAGAAUUGCUAAUUGAAAAAGACAUAAAAGAAUCCAAAGAAAAAAAUUAUUUAGCUUACAUAGAAUAAGUCAAAUUAUUCGAAUAGAAAUAUAACGUAUCUUUCCCUGAGUUUUUUGUAAGUAAAAAUUCAUUCAUGAGAAAAGAGUAUUACGAAAAGAGAAUAAGUUUGGCUGUUUCUGAUGAAGAUUGUAUAAAAAUCUUUUAAAUUCAUAAAGCUUAUACAAGUACAAGAGGUCAUUUACCAAGAGAACUCAGCUCAACCAUACAAAUAACAGAAUCUUAAUUACAAUGUAUUUUUGCCAGAGCUUAAUAUCUUUUAAAAUGA